AUGUGUGAUCAAGCCAUGCCCGUCUUUUCGCCUUUUUCCGCAGUGCCGGCGUCGGCCUCCUCCACAUUGCCAUCGCUUCAGGUGCCUUUGCUCGGCCGUCCGGCAUCCUCGAUGAACGCAUCCCCACAUCCCAAAACGACAGUCCUCAGCUCCGAUCCGGCCCUGAGCUUGACAGCGCUGUCGUCGAGCCCCAGGGAGGCGGUGGAUUCCCAAGGGAUCGGGGGCGAAAUUUCUCUCAAUUCCUCGAUUGCGGAAAUCAGCUCUGAUGAGAGUGAAGAUGAGGAUAGUGAUAGUAGUAGCUCACGUAAUGGUACUGGGGAUCGGAAAACUACCGAUGCGGCGAACUACCGAGAGCUGGUGCACUUCCUCCAGACAUUGGAGUCCGUGCCGUACGAUAGGCUGCCCUGCGCCGCGGUCCCUCCCACCAUGGUCGGUGCCGAGCUUCGGCCAUUUCAGCUUCAGGCUCUCCACUGGCUUCAGCACCAGGAAAGCCCCAUCCCUCUGCCGAACUGCCUCUCUGACCGGUAUUCCGACCCCCGUAGAGCUCGAUUCGGAUCCCCGGGUGGGGUUUACUCCCCGAAUUACGCAUCAACGGCGUUGGGCGACCGCGCGCUCUCGAGAGGGGCAUCUUCGCCUCUGAAUCCCGCGGAGGAGGCGACUUGGCAGGCCGCCAAGUCGGUUCGGGGAGGUAUUUUUGCGGACUACAUGGGGCUGGGCAAGACCCGCACGAUGAUCGCGCUGUGCGAGGCCACCCGUCGCCCCCACGUGGAUCGCAUAACCGGGAGUCAAGUGGAGUCCGUGGCGACGUUGGUGGUGUGUCCAUCUGCCCUCCUUCACGUGUGGUUGUCGGAGCUCCACCGCUGCGUGGGGCCCGCGCCGAGUGUGAUGCUCUACCACGGCACUAACCGCCGCCGGCACCUCUCGCUUUUCGAACUCGCGCAGAAGUACGACUACGUCCUCACAAGCUACCAGACAUUGAGGCAUGAGUCGUCCUCGAAAAGCGCGCCGCCGGGGAGGUUGUACAUGAUCCAUUGGCAGCGCAUCGUGUUGGAUGAGGCGCACGUGAUCCGUAGUUUACGGGCUCAGCAGACGCGUGCCUGCCUUCGGCUCAGCGGAGUCUGCAAGUGGGUAAUAACCGCUACGCCCGUCUACAACAGCUUAAAUGACCUUUUCCCGCUCCUUAAGUUCCUCGGUGUGCCUUAUUUUGGGGAACAGCUGUGGUGGAAUGAGGAGAUUGUUCGGCACUUCAACAUGGAUAUCAAUCAUCCACGCCCAACGACGGCUUUGCGCAUUUUGUUUAGUUCUCUGUUGCUGAGACGGACUCCAGACUCUAUCGUGGGCGGUUACCGCAUUUUGGAGCUACCUCCCAAACACAUUAAAACCGAACUCGUGGACGUUUCUAAAGAGGAAAAGAAGUUUUAUGAUACGAUCUAUGCCAAUGCGAAUCGUAAACUUGACAUAGCAUCCAAGCGUCAGGCUAUGGGAAGCACCGGCAGCGGAAACCAACUGACCACUUUCAACACCGCUUUCGAGAUGAUUAUUCGUUGUCGUCAGGCUCUCCUGCAUCCGUACAUCGUGGUAGCUGCACUUCGGCACUGUAGCAAGCUAGGGAAUAACACGAACCAGGCUUCAAAGGGAUCUGAGGGUGCUGACAGCAGUGCGCGUAAGACGAGGGAUGAUAAUGAUAAAAUCUCCCAUGCCAUCCAACAUUAUAUCGAUACCGUGCUUCGCAACCGUGUCGUGGUUAAGGAUAGCACUUUCUUCCAGGAACUAGUUGAAGAGCUCAAGAGACACGAACUAGAUAAGCGGGAGUGUAUUAUUUGUUUCGACCGUGUGAACCGUCCGGCGAUUCUUCCUUGUGGUCACACAUUUUGUUCGGAGUGUAUUGAGCACGCUUUACAGCUCAAUCGUACCUGCCCUAUGUGCAAACGACCGACAAAAAAUUCACAAAUAUCUCUAGUCCCACUCGAAUUCAUUUCAAAUAAUAGCGCGGGAGACUGUCCACACAAGACGAGUGUGGCCGGAUCUCUUUUCGACUCAUUAGAGGGCGUUGACCUAGGUGACCACACAAACUGGCCAAUAUCAUUGAGCACAAAGACACAAUGGUUAAUAAACGCCCUCGGCCGAAUCCCGCUAGGCGAGAAGGCGAUCGUCUUCAGCACUUUUGUGACCUAUUUGAGGUAUCUUCAACACUGCCUGAACAAGAAGGGCAUUUCAAACAUCCUCUACACCGGUGAAUUGACCUUUAGGGACAAGGACAAAGUGCUCAAGUGCUUCAGUGGGGAAAAUUCGCCACCGCACGCUCGGGGGAAUCAAAAGGAUUUGACUGAGAACAAGUCUCAAUCACGCUCCCGAGGGGUGAUUGGUGGGUCACCGCGGGUACUACUGACAACUUUCUCCUCCAGCAGCGUCGGCCUCAACCUCACCUGCGCGAACCACUGCUUUAUGAUGGAGCCGCUGUGGAGUCCGGGGUUGGAGGAGCAGGCCCUCCACCGCGUCCACCGCAUCGGGCAGACGCGCCCUGUCACCAUGACGAAGCUCCUCGCGCGGGGGACUGUCGAGGAGAAGAUCGAACGUCUUUGCCAGCAAAAGCGUGCCCUCAGCGGGUAUUGUUUUCAGCCCGGAUCGGAAGAAAGGAGUGGUACCGCUUCGGUCGCCGCACAGGGGUGGGAUGUGCACCGGCUGAGAACCGAAGAUCUGCUCACUCUUUUUGCCAACGACCAGAAAAGGGACGCGGACGAGACCGAGAGUAGUAGCUCGGACGAUUCCUCUUCCUCCUGA